CGCCCGCACAAGACAAACACACUCAAUCGUGCCCAUGGGCGACUCCCCCGAGUCUGGCGUAUCGCCCAUGACGGGUCCAGCAUCUUCAGCUGCAGGCCAACCACCACCCCCAUCGUCGUCCAAACCAGACGACCGAACCUUCUCUCCUUUGCGAACCAUGCGAAAUGCCGAGGCGGACAACUCAGACACGGUCAGCGGCGCACCAGUCAUUACCAAAUCGGCUCCUACCGGCGAGCCUCUCUCCUCCGAUAAUCUCGACGAGUUCCCUUUCCACGCUGCUCCCUCGACCGUCCUCCGUCCUCAGCCAGCCACCACUCCGCUGAAUACCAAUCCAGAGCCCGUUAACAAGCCCCAUCAUUUCCCGAAUGGCUCCACGAAUGCCUCCCCCAUUGCCCCCGUUUCGCGGCGAGCCACCGCCGAGGGCGACGAAUCGGAUGCUGCCCCAAAGGGUCGUCGUAGUGUACAAUUUGGCAGAUCCACCACAUUCGGUACCGAUCCAAAUGCUCAUUCGCGACAGCAAUCAUGGGAUGUCGACGAAGAAGGCGUCAAGGGCAAGGAGCGUGACAGACAGGGCUCGUCGCUCAUGACCAAGCUCAAGGCGCUGGCUGCUCCCAUGACGCUGCAGGGCCAUGGUCGAAGUCAGAGCGCAUUCACCGCUUCCUCCAUGUAUGAGGGUUCUCCGAGAGGGCCGCUGACACCUGCUUCCGAGCAUGAAGAGUUCCGGUAUUAUGAUGGUGGUCACGAUAGCGAGGCGGACGCCGAUGCCGAAGAGAGCGCGAGCGAAGGGCCCUCGCGGCCGCGUCGCAAAAGGAAGAAGAGUCGCCGCUGGUUCGAUGAUGGCAACGAAGGCGCACAAACCGCCCCAACCACUCCUCGGCACCCGUCCUUCUUCUCCAAAGAAUCACCCAAUACCACCCCCACCACCAGCCAACCGUUCCGCCCUACCUUCCUUCGCCGCGGUACCAUGAGCGAUAUCCCUGAAAAUCAGCGACAGGGAGUCUCCGAGGACGAAGGCCGUGAUCGCCUAGCCAAGGAAAGCACGUGGGCGCGUGGGCUGCAUAGCGCCAGAGGUCUCUCCUACGGAGGUUUGCGACGACACGAUCCGAACGGGACCGAGGACCCUGAAAACCGACGACCGAGCAACUUACGGCGAUUGACAGCUUUUGGCAGCAGUGGCGACAAUGGCCAGCCUUCUCCCUGGCGGAUACGCGGCGAGCGGACCCAAAGUUUGAGCGCGCAGAAAUGGAAAUCCAUCAAGAACAGUCUACGGCUGCUGGGCAAUCGCGCAAAGGCCGAGCGCCAAGUGGAUCACGCCAAAUCCGCAGAACUCAUGGCAGAAUUGUUAGCAGGAGCCCCGGCUGCCCUGUUUCUCGCCAGUAUGUUCCAGCGCGACGAGCAUGGCCACAAGCGUAUACCUAUCCUCCUCGAACAGCUCAAGGUCACAAUUACCGAUACUGAACAACACGAGGGCAAGGAUGGCAAAGAACCCAAAGACGGCAAGGAGAAUAACAAGGAAGGCAAAGAUGGUGACCGGCACACUGCUCUGCGCGUCGAGUUGGAGUAUGGUAGUGGCCUGACCCGAAUGAAAUGGGUCAUCUAUCGUUCUGUGAGAGAUUUUGCCAAUCUUCAUUUGAAGUUCAAGAUCCAGGAGAACAAGAACUCGAUUCUGAAUCGUCCGAACAAGGGAAAAGAUGCCAAGGAAAAACCCAAGCCCAAGGACAAGAUCAAUGAGAAAGAGACUGAGCAAGAGGAUCGCACGCCGAAACUACCACGCUUUCCCAGAAGUGUACUUCCGUAUCUCCGCGGGCUGCGAGGCUAUGGUAUUCUCGAUGAAGAGGAAGAAGAGGAGGAGAAGGAAGAGGCAGCCCACGCCAGCCAAGGAGAUGAUUAUGCGAGUGGUACAGAUCGUCCAGGCAGAACAGUACGGCAAAAAUCGUCCUACUAUCUCCGCCGCCAACAAUCUAGCAUCAGUGGCAACCAGGCCAGUGGUGUGCUUACGCAGACGAAUGGUCGACAAGGCAGUUUUGUUGGACCGGCCGGCGCGCCGUUGAACAGCAAGCAGUCCCAUCAAGAACGACAGCGUAAGAAGUUGGAGACUUAUCUUAAAGAACUCAUCACGUAUCUCAUUUUCCGCCCGGACAGCAACCGGUUAUGCAAGUUUCUCGAGCUGUCCGCUCUAGGUGUCCGCUUGGCUGCCGAAGGAGGCUAUCAUGGAAAGGAGGGGUUGAUGAUGAUCAAAUCCACCAAAGGCGUCGACGCCCGUAAGAAGUGGAGUCCUAUCCCACUGAUGCAGCGACACUGGCCGAAAUGGUUUCUCGUGCGUCACAGCUAUAUCGUCUGCGUCGACUCUCCUGAAGAAAUGAAUGUUUACGAUGUCUUCUUGGUAGAUUCGGACUUCUCCAUUGAGGACGACAAAUCUCAGAAGCUUACCCAAAAGAAAGCACGCGACAUUGCGAGCGAAGCGAAGGCUUCUGCGACAGGGCACCAUCAACUGCGACUCGUCAACUCGGAGCGCACCAUGAAACUGCUCGCCAAGAAUGAGAGGCAGCUCAAGCAGUUUGAGGAUUCCAUUCGCUUCAUGAUGCGCAAUAGCGAUUGGACCAAAACGAACCGAUUCCAGAGUUUUGCUCCUGUCCGAAAGAACAUCUAUGCACAGUGGCUUGUGGAUGGGCGUGACUACAUGUGGAAUGUGUCUCGAGCCAUCAGUAUGGCCAAAGACGUGAUUUACAUCCAUGACUGGUGGCUAAGUCCGGAGCUCUAUCUACGCCGGCCACCAGCCAUUAGCCAGAAAUGGAGACUGGACAGGCUUCUCCAAAGCAAGGCUCAAGAGGGCGUCAAGGUCUUUGUCAUAAUGUACCGCAAUGUAAAUGCUGCUAUUCCUAUAGAUUCGGAAUACUCCAAAUACUCGCUUCUGGAUCUUCAUCCCAACAUCUUCGUGCAGCGAUCACCCAAUCAAAUUCGACAAAACACCUUUUUCUGGGCUCACCACGAGAAGAUAUGCAUUGUUGAUCACACGAUUGCGUUCUGUGGCGGUGUCGAUCUGUGCUUUGGUCGUUGGGAUACACCUCAGCAUACCGUGGUCGACGACAAGCUGACGGGCUUUGAAUCGUCUGACGAUAACCCCAAAGAUGCCGAACAUUGUCAACUUUGGCCCGGUAAAGAUUACUCGAACCCCAGGGUUCAGGACUUCUUUGCUCUCGACAAACCCUACGAAGAGAUGUAUAACCGCAGCGAAACCCCUCGUAUGCCGUGGCACGACAUUGGCAUGCAGAUCGUCGGUCAACCCGCCCGUGACUUGACGCGCCACUUUGUCCAGCGAUGGAACUAUCUACUGCGUCAGCGAAAACCAUCCAGACCAACUCCUUUCUUGUUGCCGCCGCCGGACUUCGAUCCUGCUGACAUCGAGGCCCUGGGUCUUGAUGGCACCUGCGAAGUCCAGAUUCUUCGCUCGGCUUCAGCAUGGUCAUUAGGCACUCCGCAUAAGACAGAACACAGCAUCAUGAACGCUUAUGUCCAGAUGAUUGCCACGUCUGAGCAUUUUGUGUACAUUGAGAACCAGUUCUAUAUCAGCAGCAGUCAAGUGUACGGGACAAGAAUCGAAAACAAGAUCAGUGAUGCGUUGGUCGAUCGCAUCAAACGGGCGCAUAAGAAUGAGGAAGACUGGAGGGCCUGCAUCGUGAUUCCGCUCAUGCCUGGUUUCCAAAGCACAGUCGAUGUGCAGGAAGGUAGCAGCGUCCGUCUGAUCAUGUCGUGCCAGUACCGAAGCAUAUGCCGCGGCGAGACAUCCAUCUUUGGGCGACUUCGUGCGGCUGGUAUUGAGCCUGAAGACUACAUUCAGUUCUACGCACUGAGAUCCUGGGGCGAGAUUGGGCAGAACAAGGCUCUAGUCACGGAGCAACUUUACAUACACGCCAAGUGUAUGGUUGUGGACGACCGCGUCGCUAUAAUCGGAUCCGCCAACAUCAACGAAAGGUCUAUGCUGGGUUCUCGCGACUCAGAAGUAGCGGCCAUUGUGAGAGACACUGAGGUCCUGGACUCUUAUAUGGCCGGCGAGCCUUACAAGGUCGGCAAGUUCCCACACACCCUUCGCAUGCGACUGAUGCGCGAGCACUUGGGUGUUGAUACGGACAAAAUAUUCGAAGAAGAGUGGGAGAGCCGCCAUUCCGACGUGGAUAGUGCCGAAUUCCACACAGAUUCUUCUGGUCCUUCGUCGCCGACAUUCGACAGGGCGACUGAGCAGAAGUUGACUGAGAAUAAGCAUCGACUCGAAGACGAGCUCAUUGCGCGAGCAGAGGGGCUACACAGCUUCAACCAUGAUACGGACUGGGCACAAGAUAACAAUCCCCAUAUCAAACCCAGCAAGAAGACCACGACGGAUGCCAGAGUCACCAACAACCCAGCGCACCAGAAAGACGUGCGUGGAGAGGGGGCUGAUCAUAUGCGUGAGUUCCUGAGGGAACGCCCACUCACCGCACAGGCCCGCGAUUCUUAUGUCAACGAGAAAGGUCAUGAAGUAUUGGCGGUGGAUGCCACAUCUGAAGGUGCCGCAAACACGCCCAGAAAGUCCGCCAGCAAAACUCGUGGCCGGAGCAAUACCACCAACACACGAAUCAGUUCACACAGCGCUCCGGAUGGAUUCAACGGUCUACCACCACCGCGCAUUCCACGCAUGGACACUAGACAAUUGGGUCUUACCCAUCUAAGCCAGUUGCCAGCUUUGCCAGUAUCCGAUGAUACAGAUAUUGGUGGUCCUCCUCUGCAACGCACAUUCAGCUACGAGUCUGCCCCCGUCAUUAACCCACUCCUGGCUGAUAUGCGCCGCCCCAUUGUCACAGAUGAUUGCAUGCGCGACCCUCUGAGCGAUGCCUUUUACCUUGAUGUCUGGCAUGCUGCCGCUGAGAACAACACCAAGCUUUUCCGCCAAGUAUUCCGUUGCAUGCCUGAUAACGAUGUCAAGACGUGGAAAGAAUACAAAGAAUACGUUGCUUUUGGCGAACGGUUCAGCCAGGCCCAAGGCACCGGCAAGCCAUCUUCGCGUAAGCAGCAAGACAGUCCAGGAAAGUCUGGACCCCCUGGCAACGGAAACGUCAAUGGUACUGUGGAAAAACUUGCCGCCAUACCGAAUCAAACCCUCAGGCAAGUCGAGGCGCUCGGCGAAAAGCUCACCGAGAAAAUGUCCAAAGACACCGCCCACGACGGCAGCUUGGGCCAUGUAGAGCAAUGGGCGCAGGACCAAGAAAAGCAGAAGUCGCAGUCGUCGCUACACCUCAACACUGCAGAUGCCACGAGCGAGAAAAGCGCGCUUAAGAACAUCGAUGACGCCGUCGUCUCCCCAAUGAACCCAUCAACCCCAGCCCAGACUUUCACUUUCCCCCCUCCACCACCCAUCCCCGAUUCGCACACUGCUGCCACAGACUUCGCCCAUGCUAACGGCGAAUCCAAUGACAAUGCUAACACCCCGGGCCGCGCACGCACGGUAACCAUCUCAGAGCCCAACCGUGAGGGCGGCCCAUCCCGUGCACAAACCGCCGGGCUCGGCAGCAGGCGCAGGAGACGAGCAAACACAAAAGCCAGCAUCAAGGCUUUCCUCGCUUCAGACGAAGCCCAACUCUUGGAAAAAGAAGACGCAAGAAAAUUGCUGGAACUGGUCCAAGGCCACCUUGUGGUCUGGCCCUAUGACUGGCUGGAAGCGGAGGAAGCAAACGGUGGUUGGCUGUAUACCGUAGAUCAGAUCGCGCCCUUGGAAAUCUAG